AUGCCUCUCCAGCUGACUCUUGGUAACCUAGGCUGUGGCCUUGAGAAGAUUUCCCUGAAACUAAAGACAGUGGUGUCUUGUCUCAGAGAACUACAGAAGAUCUUCAUUGUGAUACUUGAAAUGCUGCUGCUGCUGCUUCUCUUGGUGUCCCAUUUUCCAUGUGGGACGCUGAUGACCAAAUGUCCAUUAAAUGUGCAGAAAGAUGACAAACAUAAAUUUCAUUACUACAAGACAGGAGAUUUCCUGAUUAGUGGAAUCAUAUCUACAUCUAGCGCUAUAUUUCAAGCAUACACCUUCUUUAAGCCUCCAAACCACAGAUUUGUAAGUACAAAGAGUAUGAGCUUCUGGCAUGUCCUGCCCUUCUUCUUUGCCAUUCAUGAGGUCAACCAGAAUCCAAAGCUGUUACCAAACAUCACCCUGGGAUACAGCAUCUAUGAGAACUUUUUCAAUGCAAGGAUGACAUCCGAAGUCAUGAUGGACUUGCUGUCUACAGGGCAGGAGAAUGUCCCAAACUACAGUUGCGGAAGACAAAACAAUCUUUUGGCUGUGUUUGAAGAGACUGAUUCAGAACUCUUUAAUUACAUUUCAGCUAUGUUAGGCACCUACAAAAUUCCACAAAUCAACUAUGGGGUCAUCAGCCGCAUUCCAGAACAGAAACACCAUUUUCCUUUUUUCUACCGGGUGAAUCCAAAGCAAGAACCUCCUCACUUGGCAAUUGUCCAACUGCUCCUGCAUUUCCGAUGGACGUGGAUCGGCCUCGCUGCUCCGGACAAUGAAACUGGAGAAAAGUUCAGAAGAACCUUUGUGCCAGAAGCCCUAAAGAAAGGCAAAGUUUGGAAGAGAUGCCUGGAGAAAGAGACCUGGGAAAUCCCACCCCAGGAUCUGGUUGAAAGAAUCCUGUCUGAGGAUGGCUCCAGUAUUUCCACAGCAAUCCAGGUUGUGGCCUGGGCCCUCAGUGCUGCUUUUUCCUCCCAAAGGAGUAAGAGGAAGAUGCAUAUUUGGGAUAACCAGAUGCUCCAUCCUUUUCUAAGAAACUUCCAGAUUUACAAUUUUUCUGUAAAUGAUGUUUAUUUGGAUGAGAAUGGAAUUCCUACUGCCGACUUUGAUAUCAUGGACUGGGCAGUAUUUCCCAACAAAUCUGCAGCUGGGGUGGUAAUUGGGAAUAUUGGAAAAGAAGAAGUCUCUUCAGAUAUCAAGGUCUCUGUCCAUGAGAGUGCCAUCAUAUGGCCAACGUCUUUUAACCAGAAGGCCCCCUUUUCUAGGUGUUCUGAAAGUUGCCUCCCAGGAUAUACCAAGCUCUUGAGGGAGGGAGAACCACUUUGCUGUUAUGACUGUUCUCCAUGCAUGGAAGGAACCAUCUCUGUGCAGGAAGAUGUAGCCCAUUGUGAAAAGUGUCCAGAUGACCACCAUUCCAACAACAAACGAGAUCUGUGUGUUCCCAAAGUUAUGACAUUUCUGUCCUUCAGAGAAAACUUAGGUCUUGUUCUGGCUAUCUCUGCCCUUCUUUUGUCUCUAACCACUGCCUCAGUUCUAGGAAUUUUUAUUAAAUAUCGAGAAACUCCCAUAGUCAAAGCCAACAACCGGGAUCUCACCUACAUUCUGCUGAUCUUUCUCUUGCUUUCCUUCUUGACUUCCCUUCUCUUCAUUGGUCAACCCAAGAAAGCGACCUGCCUUCUUCGACAAACUGCCUUCAGUGUUGUUUUCUCAGUUGCUGUGUCAUCCUUGCUGGCCAAGACUAUCAUGGUGGUGGUGGCAUUUCUGGCCACAAAGCCAGGCAGCAGGAUGAGGAAAUGGCUGGGGAAAUCUCUGGCCAAUUUCAUCAUCUUCUCCUGCUCUGGUGUUCAGGUGGGCAUCUGUUUCAUAUGGCUGGGAAUCUUUCCCCCAUUCCCAGAUUCUGACUUCUAUUCCCAAAAAGGACAGAUCCUUCUGCAAUGCAAUGAAGGUUCAGUUACAAUGUUUUACAGUGCCCUUGGAUACAUGGGCUUUCUGUCUGCCAUCUGCUUCUUGGUGGCUUUCCUGGCCCGGAGGUUGCCAGGAUCUUUCAACGAAGCCAAGCUGAUCACCUUCAGCAUGCUGGUUUUCUGCAGUGUUUGGGUCACCUUUGUCCCCACCUACCUGAGCACCAAAGGGAAAUACAUGGUGGCUGUGCAGAUCUUCUCCAUCUUGACUUCCAGCCUGGGCUUACUGGGCUGCAUCUUUGUCCCCAAAUGUUACAUCAUCAUUCUGAGACCUGAUUUGAACAUGAAGGAGCAUCUAAUGAUGAAAAACAACUAGAGCUCUUGACUUUGGCAGUUAUGUUUUUAUCCAAAUUAUUGCUAAGAUAAAAUCAGAAAUUGAA